AUGGCAUUUCCCACAAAGCCAUCCGCAUAUCUCCUCGGGUCCAAUGGCCCUGUCCACGCGCUAGCAUAUUCCUCGUCACCAGGAACAUAUAUCCUCGCCGGCUCCUCUGACCGCUCUAUCCGCCUCUACAACCCGUCGCCAGCCUCAUCUAGCCGGUCCCACAACGGUACCGAUGUGCUCGAAGGUCGUCUUAUCCAAACAUACUCUGCGCACGGCUACGAGGUCCUCAGCAUCGCCGUGUCAUCUGGCAAUGAAUCCUUCGUUUCCUCUGGCGGCGACCGCGCCGUCUUUCUCUGGGAUGUCUCUACCGGCGUAACGACACGGCGUUUCGGCGGCAAUAUCCACGGCCACACGGGCCAAAUCAACUGCGUCUCGUUUGCCGGCGCCGGUGACUCGCUCAUUGUCAGUGGAAGCUUUGACACAACAGCACGCAUUUGGGACGUCAAGAGCAACAGUGUCAAACCUAUCCAAGUGUUAGAUAAUGCGCGGGACGCCAUCACUAGCAUUGUCGUGCGCGGACCAGAAGUCAUUACGGGUAGUGUCGACGGCCGAGUGCGCAGCUACGACAUCCGCAUGGGCACAUGUACCGCAGACGUGAUUGGUGCAAGCGUGACGAGUCUGGAUAUCACGAAAGAUGGCAAUGCACUCUUGGUAGGCACCCUGGACAGCAAGCUACGUCUCAUGGACCGUAAGAACGGCACCUGUCUGAAGGCGUAUGACGAUCCGACAUGGCGCAACGAAGAGCUGCGUGUUCAAUCCCUCCUUGCAAAGCGUGAAAAAUACGUUAUUGUUGGAGACGAAAUGACUGCUGGGCUGGGUGGUCGAGAAGGUCGUGUGCUCGCGUGGGAUGUUCUCUCAGGGAAGCUGGCGGCGACAAUUACUAUCCCAUGGGGCCCGGCCGGCUACGAGAGCAAGAAAAAGGUGAUUGGAAAGGACGGCAAGGAAAAGAUACGGAAUAAUGUGAUGAGUUGCAUGGCAUGGCGAGAUGGCGGUUGGGGAGACCAGUUUUGUGUAGCUGGUACUUCUGGAGUAGUCACAGUCUUUGAUACAUAG